AAAGUGGAUUGACUUACAGACACUCUCCCAUGGAAAUGAAAGCGAAACGAAGGACCAAUUCCAAGUAAAAUGCCACUGUCUUUGUCUUCAACCAUAACCCACAAACCACUUCCCCCAAUUAACCAUUUCACAUUCCUUUCGAAUCCAUCAUCAUCAUCUUCCUCGAAACUUCCUUUACAUUUCCAACCAAUCGAUCCCCACUUUCUGAUUCCUCUUCGUUUCAUGAUCCACACACAGGCUUCCACUCCGAUCUCUUCCCCAUCCACGCCAUGUCCUGCAUAUGGAAGUGCGUUUGGACCCCAGCUCAUUUUGAAAUUUGUUCUUCACUCUGUUCUCCUAAAUGUUCCGGUCUCUGUUUUCGCCCACAGCCACGCCCGCCGCCGCCUCUUCCUCUGCCUCAGCUUCCGUCUUCCACCGUCCCCCCCCAACCCCAUUCCCGUUCCCCAGGAAGGACGACUUUACUUCUUCUCAGUUUGAUCACUACAGCAACUCUGGUCGCCGCCAUCUUCCUGGUUUGUCUUCUUUUCAAGAAAUUUAGGGAGCAUCGUAACUCAAGAAAUAAUCGCCGCCCGAUUCUGUUCGAUGUUCGAGGAGAGAAUCUGCCCGAUAACGAUGAAGAAGGACCCGUUCUCGACCACCACGUAUGGUACAUCAAUACCGUCGGUCUUCAGCAAUCGGUAAUCGAUUCAAUCACCAUGUUCAAGUACAGGAAGAACGAGAAAUUAAUUGACGGAUCAGACUGCUCGAUCUGCCUCGGCGAGUUUCAAGAUGAUGAGAGCCUUCGACUGUUGCCCAAAUGCAGCCACGCCUUUCAUGUUCCUUGCAUCGAUACGUGGUUGAGAUCGCACAAAAACUGCCCUCUCUGUCGCGCUCCAGUCCUGUCCAAUUCCGCCGCCCCAAAUUUAGCCCCCAUCGAACUGAUCACGACCCAGCCGGCGCCGAUCGAAGAAACCCAAAUGGAAACAGAGGCCAUAGAGGAAGAAAACAGAGAAGUUGAAAAUAAUGGAGAAGUGGGUAGCAGUGGUGGAGAAAAUUCUGAAAUUCUCAUCAAAGGGCUGUCUCGGACUUUAAGCAAUUUGACUGAGAAUCAAAAUGGCGAGGCUGUGGAAGACGAAGGACAGGCAAUAAGAAGGUCGGUUUCAAUGGAUUCAGUUUCUGCAAUGGCGAUUUAUCAAGCCACGGCCAAAAUACAAAUUCCAGAAGAAGGGUGUUCUUCAAAUGGGCCGAUAGUGGAAGUGAAGAAUUCAAGUUGUUCUAGAAAUCUUCCAUUUCCAAAGGGGGGAGUUGGAAAUCAGAGCUUGUACAAUCUGGUGAAGAGCAUUUCAUUUGGGCGUCCUAUGCAGAAAGAGGGGAUUUCAAUGAAAAGAUUCAGUUCGGGAAGAAGGAAGUUACAAUGGGCCAGACAUUACAGAAGCCAGAGCUCGGUCCUUCCGCUGUGAGAAAUGAAGAAAUCUUUUCUCUGCCGUUUCAAGAAGUUGCCCUAUUCCUGUAGUAUGUGUAUGAAGCUGCAGCAAACUCUGGGCUGUUCAGUUCGGGGUUUUUAAGGUAGGAUACGAAUAGAAUGAAUAAAGAAGAAAGGCUAUGAUUUGAAUUAUGGAUUAUAAAAGAUGGGUAUUGCUGUUAAUUAAUAGAUCAAAUUAUGAGGUUAGUGAGUUUGUAUCUUUCCUUAAUGGAUUAAUAUAGUUUUGUUUGAAGUAUAUGAUGAAUGGAUAUGGUUUUUUGCCAAUUGAAUAUAGCUUUUACUCUACUUUAUAUUUA